UCCUUAAUGUAGUUACUGCAUUUAAUUGAGCAGCUGUGAGACAGUCUUAUAAGCUAGCAGUCUCAAUAAAUGCGUUCUAAGCAUCACCUUUAAUCUAUUGAAGUAAUAGUGUACCUCUCUAUAACUAUAAUAGUAGUGUAUAUACAGUCUACUUACUAAAUUAAUAUUUUACAGUUAUAAGCGUAAAAGUAGCAUAGAAAUCAUAAAGAUGUCUUUACGUGUGUGGAUACUAACAACCCUUCUCUGCACACUACCCACUGUGCUCUCUCAAGGAGAUAUCAACACCUGUGACAGUGGUUACUCCUUCAUUACCCAACCGCCUGAGGCCUUCCCCUGUAACCCCUACCCCUCCAGUAACCAGGAGACAACCUCGUUACUGUUAGAAUGCUCAGUGACUGUCCCCCAGAAUCUCAUCACUGCCUCUACACUGAUGUGGAAUAAAGCGGUCGGUGUCGAUAACUUUGAGGAGGGAAGAGUGACUACCACUGCUAACUUGAUCUACAAAGUUUCCGAGGAAACGGAAAGCGUUGUACUAAUAAGGUCUAUUCUAGAAGUCCGUGGUCUUAGUUUAAACAACUCUGACUGUGUGGGACGUUACUUCUGUCAGGUCCAUGUUUUGAUUGGAGGAGAAACUGUGUUCUCUAACGCCAGCACUGUGAUCCAACUGCUCAACUCGAGUGCCUACACAGACCUGGAUAGGUGUUCAAAUAUUGGGGGUGUGUUUCUGAGUGAGGCUUCGCAAUGCUUGUCUCUUGACAGUACGAUCUCACUACCUCCACCACCACCACCGAGUGAAGAGGAACCUCCUACCAGCUGCCAUGACACUCCAACCUCCAGUUGCAGUACAACCACCGGCACCACGCCCCCUCCCUUCACCAUGGAAACUAUCAUCGUCAUCGCCUCUGUGGGGGGUGGUCUAGCCCUCCUGGUCUGCUUCCUGCUCUUUGUUCUACUGAUCACAUGUUGUUGUCUGAGGAAGCCUGACCGUUCCAAAGCUUCACUGAGAACUUUCAAAGAUCGUUCCAUACCUCUCUCUGCUUCUUCUAUGAGCAACAUCAACAUGAUCAAAAGUGGCACUUCUCAAUCUAACCUCGUGACCACACCAAUUCAAAUCCCCUUAUCUACACAGUCCGCCCCCUUAUCUUCACAAUCCGCCCCCUCACAUCCUCCCCCUGUGCGGACCACCCUCCCCACGCGUAGCAAACAGACCGUGACUCAAAAAGACAGUAGUUGUUCCGUAUCAUCCACCGCUGCGCUGAUCAGAAAAGGCCGAGCUGCAACUGUUGUCGGAAAACUAAAAACCGCUUGCACACCUACUGACGAAAAUUCUGUGCCCACAACAAUAGGAGGAGGCAAAAGUAAAUUCGAAACGGGGCCUGUUUAUAAGAGCUUGAUUGUUAGAAAUAUGGACGAUGCUCCAAUCUACUCAACUGCUUCUCUAAACGGCAGUAUGGAACAUUUGGAUAAAAUCGAUCAUCAGCCAGUUUACAGCGAACCUAAUAUUCCGCUCUCAGUUAGCAUGCUUUCACUUAUCAGUGAACAGGAUAACGAACAGCCACAGUAUACUGAACCGUACAUCCUUCCUCACGCUGUCAGUAGCUUGUCAUUACACAGUCCUACAGAGCAUGAGAUUCAUAAUGGCAGCGCACUGACUGCUCGUUCAAGACUAAGUCUACCGCUAAACAAGAAGCUGUCUGUGUCACCCUUCAUGACAGAGGAGCAACCGAUAUACAGCGAAGUGGACGAUUGGAGGAAUGCUCCACAUAGACAGUACACGAGUAGUUCCAAUGAGUCCUCCCCAGUGAAGAGGAAGCCCAUGGUCCCACCCCGCCCACACACACGACAGACUAACAAGCUGUACAUCCCUCCCGAAACCGUCAACCAAUCAGAAUGCUCGAUUCAACGAGAGAGUAUCGACGGAGAGUACGUUUGUCCGAAUGAAAUGCUUGAUGUCGAAGCCGUUAGAGGUCGAAGUUCAAGUGAGCAGCCGCGGGGGGAGGUUUUCCAGUUACGUAAUCGCGAUAUUGCCCCACCCCCUCACAUGAUACAAGGAGACAGAAACAGCUACCUAACCUUAUACAAUUAAAUGUAACAAUUAUUUAGUAGCAAAACGUAUCACUAAUUUCUGUACACCGCAGUAUAAUAUAUUUUAUGUAUAUUUUAUAUUAUUUAUACCUACAUGUAUAUAUAAUAGGUUAUACUUUUUUGUGGUCAUUAAUAAUUAUUAUUAUAAAUUCUACUUACACUUACAUCCCUAGGCAAUAAAGAUUGUUCAAUAAAAA